GAUCUACCAUUGCACACAAGUUGGCAGACGGAGCCGCGGAGGAAACAAAAAAAUGAAAAAGAAAAAGAAGAACAUGAAAUAGUAGUGUGAUAGAAAAGAAAAGAAAAGUCAAAAUUCCAUCUCUGUCCUUCUUCGUUUUCCCUUCCCUUAUUCUCUUCUCUUCUCCCAAUCCGAACCCUAACCCCUAACACACUCCAUCGAAUUCCUUCGUAAUCCGCUACACAGAGAUAAACGAUUUCAAUAAUCAAUUCUCAGCAAAACCCACCCGCCAAAUUUGGGUUCCGCAAACCCUAAUUCCCGAUGGGAGAGCCCCUCCCUCCGCCGCCGUCGUCCACCGGCGACGACGGCGGCGACCCCUUCGCCACGUGGUACGGCAACAUCGACUACCUCCUCAACAUCCCCGCCAUCGGCUCCGCCUGCUGCCUCCUGAUUUUCCUCUUCGUGAAGCUCCGCAGCGACCACCGCCGCAUGCCGGGCCCCGCCGCCCUCGCCUCCAAGCUCCUCGCCGUCUGGCACGCCACCGGCCGGGAAAUCGCCCGCCACUGCGGCGCCGACGCCGCGCAGUUCCUCCUCAUCGAGGGCGGCAGCUGCGCCGUCCUCCUCGCCCUCGCCGCCCUCGCCCUCGCCGUCCUCCUCCCGCUCAACCUCUGCGCCGGCACCGCCGUGCUCGACGACGGGUUCUCCCGAACCACCAUCACGCACAUCGAGAAGGGCUCCCCUCUGCUCUGGAUUCACUUCCUCUUCGCCGUCGUCGUGGCGGUUUUGGUCCACUUCGGCAUUUCCGCCACCGAGGAGCGUCUCAGGAUCACGAGGUUCAGAGACGGUUACGGUAAUUUGAGUGACCCCACCGUGAAUUCCACUUCUAUAUUCACCAUAAUGGUUCAGGGUUUGCCCAAAAUCAUAGGCGCUGAUAGGGUAGUGUUGCACGAGUAUUUUCAGUAUAGGUACCCCGGGAAGGUUUAUAAGGUUAUUGUCCCAAUGGAUUUGUGUGCGUUGGAUGAUUUGGCUAAUGAAUUGUUGCGUGUGAGGGACGAGAUUUCCUGGCUUGUGGCCAGGAUUGACUCUCGCCUCUUGCCGGAAGACGACAAUGAUGGCGGCGUUGGGACCGGCGGUGUCAACGCGGCCGGGUUGCGGGGUUUGGUUGUUUGUUGCUGGAAAUGGUUGAAGGGUGUGUGUUUUGAUUUCAUGGCGAGGUUUGGAUACAGUGAUGAAGAGAGGUUGAGGAAGUUGCAGGAGCUGAGGGCGGAGUUGGAGAGUGAGUUGGCUGAUUAUAAAGAAGGGCAUGCUCCUGGUGCUGGAGUUGCGUUUGUUAUGUUCAGGGAUGUGUAUACUGCUAACAAGGCUGUUCAGGAUUUUAGGAAUGAGAAGAGGAGGAGAAUUGGGAAGUUCUUUUCGGUUAUGGAGCUGCGGUUGCGGCGGAACCAGUGGAAGGUUGAGCGGGCUCCUUUGGCUACUGACAUUUAUUGGAAGAACAUGGGGACGCCGAGGAUGUCGCUGAAGUUGCGGCGGGUGAUUGUGAAUACUUGUUUGUUGUUGAUGCUUCUGUUCUUUAGCUCGCCCCUUGCGGUGAUCAGUGCUGUUAAGAGUGCUGGAAGGAUUAUCAAUGCUGAAGCUAUGGAUAAUGCGCAGCUGUGGUUGGCUUGGGUGCAAAGCUCUAGCUGGCUUGCAAGCCUUAUUUUUCAGUUUUUACCCAAUGUGAUCAUAUUUGUUAGCAUGUAUAUUGUGAUCCCGUCGGCUCUUUCGUAUCUGUCAAAAUUUGAACGGCAUUUGACAGUGUCUGGGGAGCAGAGAGCUGCGCUCAUGAAGAUGGUUUGCUUCUUCCUUGUGAAUCUCAUCCUCUUGAGGGGUUUGGUGGAAUCGUCGUUAGAGAGUAUGAUCUUGAAAAUGGGACGGUGCUAUUUGGAUGGAGAAGAUUGCAAGAGGAUUGAGCAAUAUAUGAGUGCAUCAUUCUUGUCCAAGUCAUGCCUUUCCUCACUUGCGUUUCUGAUCACAAGUACUUUCUUGGGAAUUUCUUAUGAUCUCUUGGCACCGGUUCCUUGGAUCAAGAGAAACAUUCAGAAGUUUCGGAAGAAUGACAUGCUUCAAUUGGUGCCAGAACAAAGUGAAGAAUACCCUUUAGAACACCAGGGCAUAGAUAAUAGUCUUCAGAGACCUCUGAUGCAAGACAAUGCUUAUGACGUUGCCAAUGGGGAUAAUCUAGAGGGACAAGAUCUUUUUGUUUAUCCAAUGACUGGAAGCUCACCUGUUCCGAAGCAGUCAUUCGAUUUUGCGCAGUAUUAUGCCUUUAAUUUGACAAUAUUUGCUCUGACUCUAGUAUACUGUUCAUUUAAUCCCCUUGUGGUCCCUGUUGGUGCUGUUUAUUUUGGGUAUAGAUAUGUGGUUGACAAGUACAAUUUUCUGUUUGUGUAUCGAGUUCGUGGCUUCCCUGCAGGCAAUGAUGGGAGAUUAAUAGAUACUGUAAUAUGCAUCAUGCGUUUCUGUGUUGAUCUAUUCUUACUUGCCAUGCUCCUAUUCUUCUCAGUUCAAGGGGACUCUACCAAGCUACAAGCUAUAUUCACUCUUGGAUUAUUAGUCAUGUAUAAAUUACUGCCUUCAAGUAAUGAUAGUUUUCAACCAACUCUUUUGGAGGGCAUUCAAACGGUUGAUAAUGUUGUUGAUACUAGGCCCAUUGAUUAUGAGGUAUUUUCACAGCCCAGGUUUGAUUGGGAUAUCUCCCAAAGGUGACUCAUGCUUUGAUAUGCAUUGCUUGCUAUCCCUAUGAAGAUGUAUCUCUUCCCAAACAAGUAGUAUGUAACAUCGAAAAAAAAUAGUGGUGAGGUAUGGGGACAGGGGUCACGUUGGGCCAGGGGAGAAGGGAAGAGGGUUCUGGACCUUCUGGUAACUGCUGUUCAUAAUUGGUUAUACACGCAUUUAUGACAUUUCAAUUCUUCCCUUCCAUUUCUUACCUAAUUUCAAAGCAUGGCCAGGAUGUUAAUAUCUGGAAUGUACCAUAUAUUUUUGUGUGAAGUUCCUUGCUUUAUAGUUUCUCCAAAUUUGAGGCGAUGUGUUCUCUGCUACCAUUAAUGUGUGCCUAACACACUGGCGAAAUUCUGGGGGAAUGUUGGGCUUAUUUUAAUUAGAAAAGGAGCAUGUUGCUUGGGACAGAAGCGGUGGCCCCAUUCCCACCGUCUACUUGCAAAGAAAAUUAAAGCGAAAGCCCAAUAAUUCCCUUUUUUUUUUUU